UUAUCACUUCCCAUCUGUUCAAAUGUCAAGCUGACAAUUUGGUGCAAUGUAAGUGGUUUCUGAGUUGUUUCCAUUCAAUAAUUUAUUUGAGGAAGAAAUAUGGAAAAGGACUCCGAUAGCACAGUUACGUCUAUUGAUGAGAAUACGGAGAACUUCUGUGAUAAUCCAACAAGAGAUAUUUUGGCAGAAGGAAUUAUUGGGUUGUUCAAACCAACUGUAGACCAUAUUGAUGAAAGGGUUCGUGCAACAAUCGCUGCACAGACUGAUCUCAGCCAACAAUUAGACUCAUUGUCGAAAAGGCUGAAAGAAAUUGAAGAGUUGCAAGGAGCAAUACCAGACUUUAACGAGAAAGUCAAAAAAUUAAUCAACGUCAAACAUAAGGUGACCGUCAUCACAAACGUUUUGCAAGCUUCGCAGGAUCGCUUGAACGAACUACAUCGCCUCAUAGAUAAAGAGCAACUGCGCCGAAAAGCUCUUCUAGAUUCUGAUAGCUCCGCAGUUGCACAAUAAAGUAAUUUGGGAGUUUAUAACCCAAUGCGUAGUGAUAAUGGAGACUCC